UGCCCGCAGGCGGCCGCGGGCUGCCGGGCGGCCACGGUCUUCAUGCAGUACGGCAUCGUGGCCAACUACUGCUGGCUGCUGGUGGAGGGCAUCUACCUGCACAACCUCCUGGUCGUGGCCGUCUUUUCCGAGAGGAGCUACUUCACCCUCUACCUGUGCAUCGACUGGGGGUCACCCGUGCUCUUCCUCAUCCCCUGGGUCAUCGUGAAGUUCCUCUAUGAAAACAUCCAGUGCUGGACCACCAACAACAACAUGGGUUUCUGGUGGAUCCUUCGCUUCCCCGUGUUCCUGGCCAUCCUGAUCAACUUCUUCAUCUUCAUCCGCAUCAUCCAGAUCCUCGUCUCCAAGCUCCGCGCGCACCAGAUGCGCUACACUGACUACAAGUUCAGGCUGGCCAAGUCCACGCUGACGCUGAUCCCGCUGCUGGGAAUCCAUGAGGUGGUCUUCGCCUUCAUCACGGACGAGCAUGCCCAGGGCACCCUGCGCUAUGUCAAGCUCUUCUUUGACCUCUUCCUGAGCUCCUUCCAGGGGAUGCUGGUGGCCAUUCUCUACUGCUUC